GCACCACUCACUGCUGCGGUGUGUGAAGACUGAAAGAGAGGAGGACCUGACCACGGCUGUGCUCCACAAUUUAUACAAUGGACGCUACAGAGUUCCGGAGGAGAGGGAAGGAGAUGGUAGACCUGAUAGCAGAUUACCUGGAGAAUAUAGAGCAGAGGACGGUGUACCCCAACGUGGAGCCUGGGUACCUGCGGUCCCUCAUCCCUGAGGAGGCCCCUGAGGAGCCUGACACCUACGAGGACGUGGUCAAAGACAUUGAGAGGGUCAUCAUGCCUGGGGUGACCCACUGGCACAGCCCGUACUUCUAUGCCUACUUCCCCACGGCAAAUUCCUUCCCGGCCAUGCUGGCAGACAUGCUGUCUGGAGCUAUUGGUUGCAUCGGAUUCUCCUGGGCUGCCAGCCCAGCUUGUACAGAGCUGGAGACAGUCAUGAUGGACUGGCUGGGGAAGAUGCUCAAGCUGCCAGAAGACUUCAUCGCCGGGACACACGGACAAGGAGGAGGCGUCAUCCAGGGUACAGCCAGUGAGGCAACUCUUGUGGCUCUCCUAGCUGCCCGCUGCAGGGCGGUCAGAAUGAUCCUGGCCAGUGACCCACAACGUCCAGAGACUGGCAUUACCUCCAAACUGGUGGCCUACUCCUCCGACCAGGCUCAUUGCUCGGUGGAACGAGCAGGUAUGAUUGCUGGAGUGAGGAUGAAGAAGAUUCCGACGGAGCAGUCAGACAAGUAUGCUGUCCAGGGAGAGACCCUCCGGAGAAUGAUACAGGAAGACAAGGCUGCAGGACUCAUCCCCUUCUACUUCUGUGCUACUCUUGGGACCACUCCCUCAUGUGCAUUUGAUCACAUUACUGAACUUGGGCCCAUAUGUAAUGCAGAGAAAAUCUGGAUGCACAUUGAUGCUGCAUAUGCUGGGAGUUCCUUUAUUUGUCCUGAAUUCAGACCCCUGUUGAACGGCAUUGAGUUUGCAGACUCUUUCAAUUUCAAUGCACACAAAUGGCUGUUGGUCAACUUUGACUGCUCUACAAUGUGGGUGAAGAGAAGAUCUGAUCUCAUUGGGGCCUUCAAGAUGGAUCCUCUAUACCUGAAACAUGAUCAUCAAGAGUCGGGACUGAUCACAGAUUACAGGCACUGGCAGAUUCCACUGGGCCGAAGGUUCCGCUCUCUCAAGAUGUGGUUUGUGUUCCGAAUGUAUGGGCUCAAAGGCCUUCAGGACUACAUCCGUAAGCAUGUGGAGUUGGCCAAAGAGUUUGAGAGCCUGGUUCGCGCUGACCAGCGCUUUGAGAUCAGCGCAGACGUCGUGUUAGGGCUGGUCUGCUUUAGACUAAAGGGUUCCAACGAGGUGAAUGAGACCUUGCUGAAGAGGAUCAACAAUGGCAGGAAGAUCCACCUGGUGCCAUGCCUGCUGUCUGGUCAGUUUGUGCUGCGCUUCGCCCUCUGCGCCCGCACCACCGAGUCACGUCACAUCCGCGAGGCCUGGCUACUCAUCACACAGCUGGCCGAAGAGGUCAUGCAGGAGCUGCCCCACUGACCAUCCACAUGGACUAGACAGGCUGGGUUGGUCCAGGAGCUGUAUGUAUCAAGCAGUAUUUCAGAGUUAAAGUGCAUGUCUAGGAUCAGGUUGCCCGUGUCCAUUCAUUAUAAUCUAAAAGGCUAAACUGAUCUUAGAAACUGAUCUAAGAUCAGCACUCCUACUCUGAAAUGCUUGAUGAAUAAGGGCCCUAACUCUGAGAUGCUACAGGCCUGGAUCUCACUCAGUGGAGGCUCCUGAGGGGAGGACGGCUCAUAAUAAUGGCUGAAAUGGAGGGACUGGAAUGGCAUCAAACCAUGCGUUUGACGUAUUUGAUACCAUUCCACUGACUCCGAUACCAGUCAUUACCACGAGCCCAUCCUCCUCAAUUGAGGUGGCACCAACCUCCUGUGAUAUCACUGUUUAUAUCAUCAGCAAAUUGCAGCCCUUUCUCUCUGCUGUCUGAUCCCAUGUGUGUAUUUAUGUGUCCCCUCUCAACCAACUGUUCAUCCAAAUCACUUUAGAGAAGGGUCAGCAUGCUAAAAAUACAGGCAAGGACGUAGUAUGAGUGGGGCUUUAUCCUGUCUGAGGUUUAUCCAGGCUCUGAUCACUCAGCUGUGUUUACCUGCUCUAGUGGAGUGAUUAGUAGAGGUAUUCAAUUCAGUACAACAUUAUUUAUCCCCUUAGGGACAUAUUGAUUAAAACAUUGGUGUAGUCUAGGUCCCUAAAACAAGAUUUAAGAGUCAGAAAACAUUGUAUGUAUUGGCACUAUUAUACUGUAAGAAGAGAUAAAAAAAAGACUAACCUUUUAGUCUUGCUGUUUGUCUGAAGUAUUGCCUUCCAAGGUUUGAGCUGUUCACUGUUUUAAUGAAGACAAAAAAGUACAAAAAUGAACAGCAUGUUGCGAUUAUGCCAAAGAGAGACACAUGUAUCGUAUGCCAGAGACACAUGUAUCGUAUGCCAGAGUUGGGGCCAUUCAUUUAAAUUCAGUCAGUUCUGAAAAUAAACUAAAAUUCCAAAAUGUUCUCCUAGAGAAGCAUAAAAAAAAAAUGUAAUUCCAUAAUCGACUAAAUUAAAAAGGAAUUGACCCCAACCCUAGUUCAUAACCAGCUUUGUGUUGAACAUCAUAAUAACCCAUGAGACAAAUAAGAGCUCUUAUGGGAGCAUCAGUUACAACACUUACAGUAGGCCUUUGCCCUGAAGUGCAUGAAUAAAAUAUUCAGACAACAGUUAAUGUCUCAGUUGAUUUGAAGAGACACAAAAACAAUAUGUACCUAGCUUCACUUAAUGCCCUCAGCAGUAGCAGUGAGCCAAGGAGGAAUUGACUUGAGGGUCUCUCCUUAAGCUAAUAUGAAUGAGUUUCAAAUGUGUGCUUUACUGUAUGCACAUCAUAUGGUUCUGUUGGAUAAACAAACCAGUUGAAUUGGAUUAGACCUAUGAAUCCCAGCAUGUCAGAGUCACUCAAAAUAAAUGAAGUCAUCUUAAGAGAUAUCUCUCACUGGUUUGAUUCACAAGUCAAGUGUGCCUUUUGAAUGAGGAAUGGAGGGGUGUAUGUGUGUAGAAUAUGUGUAGUGGUCUCUAUUUGUCUCUUUUGUGUCUUUACUUGAUAUAACCAGGACUAGGCUGACCGCUUCAGUCAACACUAGGGGGAAAUUGCAUUGUACGCUUGAUCAGCUUUUACCUGGCAAUAAGCUGGUAGUGCAGUCCUAUGUUUUUUGAAGUGUCGAUGUAUUCUUUUAUAGGCAUUGAGUGGCUUUGUGGCUUCCUGCUGCUUGUCUGCCUUGUGGCAUCAUUGUACGGUCCUCUUUACACAACAAAAUAAAUGUGUUUGCAAUGUG